AUGAUCAUGCCUGACUUUGCCGACUUCCCAAUCCCAACUCCCACAAUGCCACCAACCACCACUUCUUCAGUGGCGCCGAUCCCCACGGUCAUUCCGAGCUUCCCGAUCUACCAGGAGAUCCAUACUACCGGCAAACGUACUCUUUGGGUCGUGACUGUUCUUAUGGGCAUCUCUGCCUUGGUCUUCUACAGUCUAUCCGCCCGCGCUCCACUGCCAAAGCGGGUCUUCCACACCCUAAGCGCGGUGAUCACUACCAUCUCCUUCAUAACUUAUCUCGCCCUCGCAACCGAGCAAGGCAUAGAUUUCAACUACCACCAGAUCAUCCACAAGAAUAAACAUGUCCCAGAUACACAGGACGGUGUCUUCCGUGCUGUCCUCUGGCUCCGCUUUGUGAACUGGGCUCUUACAACCCCCCUCCUACUGACGAACUUCGCUCUCAUCUCCGGUCUCCCGGGUGCGAAUCUCCUUGCUGCUAUCGCCGCAAACUGGGUGAUGCUCGCAACUGCCGCGUUUGGCUCGUUUGCUGGACAUACCUCUGCGCGGUGGGCGUGGUUGACGCUGUCUUGCAUUGGGUUCUUGACUAUGCUCCACCAUGCCGGCUUCCACGCGCAACGCGCAACACAGAACAAGGAUGCCCGGACGAGACGGUUCUUUGGAGCUUAUUCGGGAUCCGCAUUCUUCGCUCUAGCUUUAUUCCCGAUGUAUGUUUUCCUGUUCCGCCCCCCUCUCCCCAGUGGCGUGGUUUGGUGCACUUGGCUAAUCUAUGGCAGUGCUUUUGCGGCGGGUACUCUUGCCUUGAAGAUCAGCGUUGAUACCGAGACUAUCCUCUAUGCUAUCCAGGAUAUCUUCACCCAGGGCCUACUGAGUUACUGGCUUGUGGUGUCGCAUGACAGUGCGCAGGGAAUUACCCUCCACCUGGAUGGAUUCUGGUCUCACGGAAUCGGGAGCGAAGGCGCCAUUCGUAUCGAGGAAGAGGGUGCGUAG